AUGGCAAGCCCAACAUCCGGCUACUCGAUAAACGUCAAUGAUCCUACCUUGAUUUCGCUGGUGAACAAGCUCCAAGAUGUCUUUUCAACGGUCGGAGUGCAAAACCCCAUCGAUUUGCCUCAGAUUGCAGUUGUCGGAUCGCAGUCCAGCGGAAAGAGUUCAGUGCUAGAGAACAUCGUUGGCCGGGAUUUGCUGGGCCGCGCGUCGCUAACGGAGCUCUCGUACAGCCUGCCCCGUGGUUCUGGAAUCGUCACUCGGAGACCCCUUAUCCUGCAGCUCAUCAACAAGCCAUCACAAGCGAACGGUGUCAAGGACGAUAAGCUCGAGACGACGGAUACGGAAGCAAACCUCGACGAGUAUGGCGAGUUCCUGCACAUUCCUGGGCAAAAGUUCUACGACUUCAACAAGAUCCGUGAUGAGAUUGUCCGCGAAACCGAAACCAAGGUCGGCCGCAACGCCGGUAUCUCCGCCGCCCCUAUCAACCUGCGAAUCUACUCUCCGAACGUCCUUACCCUGACACUCGUCGAUCUGCCCGGUUUGACCAAGGUGCCGGUGGGCGACCAGCCGAAGGACAUCGAGAAGCAGAUCCGGGACAUGGUUUUGAAGUACAUCAGCAAGCCCAACGCUAUCGUUCUAGCCGUAACUGCUGCCAACCAGGAUCUUGCGAACUCGGACGGGUUGAAGCUUGCACGGGAGGUGGACCCGGAGGGCCAGCGCACCAUCGGUGUGUUGACCAAGGUCGAUCUGAUGGACGAGGGUACGGACGUGGUGGAUAUUCUUGCUGGCAGGAUUAUUCCUCUGCGUCUUGGUUACGUUCCUGUGGUCAACCGUGGACAGCGCGAUAUCGAGAACAAGCGGCCUAUCUCCUACGCCUUGGAGCACGAGAAGAACUUCUUUGAGGGCCACAAGGCAUACCGAAACAAGGCUUCUUACUGCGGAACACCGUACCUUGCCAGGAAGCUCAAUUUGAUCCUUAUGAUGCACAUCAAGCAAACGCUUCCCGAUAUCAAAUCUCGUAUCUCGUCCUCACUGCAGAAAUACUCGGCUGAACUGUCUCAGCUCGGCGACUCGAUGCUCGGCAACAGCGCCAACAUUAUCCUCAACAUCAUCACAGAAUUCAGCAACGAGUACCGGACAGUUCUGGAGGGUAAUAACCAGGAGCUUUCCAGCAUUGAAUUGUCUGGCGGUGCCCGUAUCAGUUUCGUGUUCCACGAGCUUUACUCUAACGGUAUCAAGGCGGUCGACCCGUUCGACCAAGUGAAGGACAUUGACAUUCGAACCAUCUUGUUCAACUCGUCUGGUUCAUCGCCCGCUCUUUUCAUCGGAACCACCGCCUUUGAACUUAUCGUCAAGCAACAGAUCACCCGACUGGAGGAUCCCAGUCUGAAGUGUAUCUCUUUGGUCUACGAUGAGCUCGUCCGCAUCCUCGGACAGCUUCUGAACAAGCAGCUCUUCCGACGGUACCCGAUGCUUAAGGAGAAGUUCCACGCCGUCGUUAUCGCGUUCUUCAAGAAGUCCAUGGAACCCACAAACAAGCUGGUUCGCGAUCUUAUUGCCAUGGAAUCUACCUACAUCAACACCGCCCAUCCUGACUUCCUUAACGGCCACCGCGCCAUGGCUAUUGUCAACGAGCGCCAUGCCGCUGGCAAGCCGACCCAGGUUGACCCGAAGACAGGCAAGCCUCUGCCUCCCCGCGCAAACAGUCCUUCAGUUGAGGCGAUCACCCCGGCGGAUGCCAACACUUCAGGCGGGUUCUUUGGCAGCUUCUGGGCGUCGAAGAACAAGAAGAAGAUGGCCGCCAUGGAGGCUCCACCGCCCAACCUGAAGGCGUCCGCGGCUCUUUCUGAGCGUGAGAGCACCGAAGUCGAAGUCAUUAAGCUCCUUAUUACUUCGUACUUCAACAUCGUGAAGCGCACGAUGAUCGACAUGGUCCCCAAGGCCAUCAUGUACACCCUUGUGCAGUUCUCCAAGGAAGGCAUGCAGCGGGAGCUGCUCGAGAACAUGUACCGCAACGCCGAGCUUGACGAUCUCCUCAAGGAAAGCGACUACACCAUCCGGCGGCGGAAGGAAUGCCAGCAAAUGGUGGAGAGUCUCUCCCGCGCCAGCGAGAUUGUCAGCCAGGUGCAGUGA